GACAAUAGAAUUGCACUACUUAUGGUUAGAGGACAAUCUUCUCACGCACUCAAAGUGGUAGGACAAUGACCACCCUCUUUAAGUAGGCUGUGGCAAUAAAGGACUGAAAAAGAAGCGGGGUUACAAGGGAAAGAGAAGUAGAGAACUAUUUCACAGUAUGAUUAAUGAGAUCUCAAUGGGCAGAUGAGGCAACUCUGAACUGCUGACACAACACGGAAAUCUUAGAUCUCUGUUCCUCAGUUUGUUUUCUUGCUUUGUCCUGUAAUGGGAGAUUCAGCUUGUCUUAUGCAUGCCUUCUCUUACGCUUCUGCCAUACCCAAUGAAGCUAAACAGGGGAACCGCAUGCAUGCUCCAGGGGAGUCCAUUUCUUUCGGGAGAUUUACGAAUGAAUCAUUGGCAUGGGAAAAAUGGUCGACGUUCUCUCACAAACGCUACGUGGAGGAAGCAGAGAGGUAUGCACAACCAGGUUCUGUUGCCCAAAAGAAAGCUUUCUUUGAAGCUCAUUACAAGAGAAUUGCUGCCCAAAAGGCUGCUGCUGCUUUGCUUGAACAAUCCAAUAUUACUCCCUCCUCUAACAGUACCAAAAAAGACCCCGAUGUAGAAAUCACACAAAAUACUCUAACAGCAGCAAAUGCUGCCCCAGUGAAGGGUCCUUUAACUACUGUUGCUCCAGAGAAAGAACUAACGAAUGGUAUUGUGCGUGAGAAUAAAGAAACAAUUUCAGGAUCAGAGCUUAGUCAAAUGUCUCAUACGGACAAACCUUUGCUCAAGGUGAAGCAGAGUUCCAGCUCUAAGCAAGACGAUGAUGAUGUUACAUGUGUUACGAGCAAGAAAAGAUCAGCUUUUUCUUCAUUCAAAUCAUCCGUUCACUCAAUAAAAACGAAAUUCCCAUCUUCACCAGCUAGGCAUAACAUUACAUGUCAUGUCAAUAAAGAAAACAAUUUCACUCCAAUCACCAAGAAUCAAACAUCAGUCUUGGCGAAUGAAAAGAGAUCAAGCUCAAAUUCCUUAAGCAAAUUGAUGAAUUACACCCCUGCCAAAGAGCCAGAUAAGGUGCCUCCUCCCCCUCCUACCACCCUCAAGAAGGAAAUUUCAAAGGUCGCUCCCAAUGCCGUUAAGAAGUGUGCAACUCCUCUCAAGACUACUGUGGCAACUUCAGAUGGUGCAACCAAACGUCCCAUGACAACCCCGUCUUCUGAAAAUAGAAGCAUGACAACACCAAUUCAUCCGACAGUUUCAGGAAGUCAAACAGCCAGUCCUAAAUGGAAUAUUUUGUCAGCUGUUUGUCCCAAGUCUUUCACAGCUUGCCGUAACAAAUUACAAUCACCUAGUUUAUCCACUCCUUUUCUCCUGAGGACAGAAGAAAGAGCUGCAAGAAGGAAACAGAAGCUUGAGGAGAAAUUCAAUGCAAAGGAGGUACAGAAAGUUCAGCUACAAACAACAAUCAAGGAGAAAGCUGAAAUGGAGAUUAGGAAACUUCGACAAAGCUUUUGUUUCAGAGCUCGUCCCCUGCCCAAGUUUUACAAGGAAAGAGAAACAGCAAAAAAUUACACAAAAAAGACUCCAGUAAAAUGUUCUCAGUCACCGAAACCUGGAACAAAGCCCAGUAACAGCACAAUGGUAUCGCAGCCACCUUCUACAUAUUCGACCAAGAAGCGAUCUUACAAGAAAUCAGGAAAGAAGAAUAGCUCAAAACCUAUAAAUUCUCAAACCUUGCCAACGGUAGUGUCUCAUGAUCAGAAUGCAUCCCCAAAUAUUCAACAUCAAUUUGGAGUCUCCCCCAAUUGAAUGUUCAGAGAUGUAUGAUGUAUAUCAUCACAUAAUCAUAUAGAAGAAAAUCGUGUAUCUUGUGUUAAAGCUAUCUAUAUGCAAGGGAUCCCCGUUAUUUGUUUUAUGAA